UAAAUUAGGGAAGCCCCAAUCGAGCCCUAGAAUUUUCAGCGCUUCCUAGACUUCACUCGUCUGAAAUUCCGCGGACCAAAUUUCCCAAGAAACACACGAAUCAAGACAGAGAGGACGCGCUGAAGGAUUGAGAGAGCGAGUAAAAGAAAGCGGAGAUGUCUGAUUACGAAGGAAGAUACGAAGGCAACGGAGAGGACGCAGACAACUAUGGCGGUGGCUCCUCUCCUCAACCUCGCGGUGGCAGCCAUGGCGGUCCCGACGAUAAUAGCGACUCCAGGUCUAAGCAUGGUUCUCGUGAUUAUGAAAGAGCAUCUUCUAAAAGUAGGGAGGACAAAGAAAAGGGGCGUGAUAAGGAGAGGGACAGGGAUAGAGACCGUGAUCGGGAGAGAGUCAGAAGCAGUGAUAGGGAGAGAAGCAAAGACCGAGAUAGGGAUAGGGAAAGGGAUAGAGAUCGUGACCGGGAUCGUCAUCAUAGAGAUCGCCAGAGGGAUCGGGAUCGCAGUGAAAGAAGGGAACGAGGUAGGGAUAGAGAUGAUGAUGAUUAUUAUCGAAGUCGGGACUAUGAAAGACGAAGGGAUCAUGACAAAGAUAGAGAGGAUGGGCACAGGCGUAGGUCUCGCUCCCGUUCAGGGGGUAGAUCUGAGCGUAGAUCUAGGUCACGUUCUCGCUCUCGCUCAAAGAGCAAAAGGAUUAGUGGUUUUGAUAUGGCACCUCCUGCUUCUGCAUUGUUACCUGGUGCUGCUGCUGCUGUUGCUGCUGCAGCAGGUCAGAUUCCUGGGACUAGCCCGACCAUUCCUGGAAUGUUUCCAAACAUGUUUCCUUUAGCAACUGGUCAGUUUGGAGCUCUUCCUGUCAUGCCAGUUCAGGCAAUGACUCAACAGGCAACAAGGCAUGCUCGGAGGGUGUAUGUUGGUGGCCUUUCUCCAACAGCAAAUGAACAGUCUGUUGCUACAUUUUUCAGUCAUGUCAUGGCUGCAAUUGGAGGAAACACUGCUGGUCCAGGAGAUGCUGUUGUCAAUGUCUACAUAAACCAUGAAAAGAAGUUUGCUUUUGUAGAGAUGAGAUCUGUUGAGGAGGCUAGUAAUGCAAUGGCUUUAGAUGGGAUUAUUUUCGAGGGUGCACCUGUUAAGGUGAGGAGACCUAGUGACUACAACCCAUCUCUUGCUGCAACACUUGGUCCGAGCCAGCCCAAUCCUAAUCUGAACCUAUCUGCCGUUGGGUUAACUCCAGGAUCUGCUGGUGGGCUUGAGGGUCCUGACCGCAUAUUUGUUGGCGGGCUUCCCUAUUACUUCACAGAGACCCAGAUCAGGGAGUUGUUAGAGACUUUUGGUCCACUUCGGGGUUUUGACCUUGUGAAAGACAGAGAAACGGGAAAUUCAAAAGGCUAUGCAUUUUGUGUUUACCAAGAUCUUUCAGUUACAGACAUAGCUUGUGCAGCUCUGAAUGGAAUUAAAAUGGGUGAUAAAACUCUCACUGUCAGGCGUGCUAACCAGGGCACCAACCAACCCAAGCCCGAGCAGGAGAACAUAUUAUUGCAUGCACAGCAGCAGAUUGCAUUGCAGAAGCUCAUGUUACAACCUGGUGUAGUGGCAACAAAGGUUGUGUGUCUAACUCAGGUGGUUUCUCCUGAUGAACUCAAAGAUGAUGAUGAUUAUCAGGACAUUUUGGAAGACAUGAGAGAAGAAUGUGGAAAAUUUGGUACUCUGGCAAAUCUCGUCAUCCCGCGCCCAACACCGAAUGGUGAACCAUCACCCGGAGUUGGGAAGGUCUUUCUGGAGUAUGCAGACAUUGAUGGUGCAGCAAAAGCUCGUUCUGGGUUGAAUGGACGAAAAUUUGGUGGGAAUCAAGUUGUGGCCGUCUUUUAUCCAGAGAACAAGUUUGCCCAGGGGGAUUACGAAGGCUAAUAGUAUGGUCUUAGAGUCUUCUAACUAGUGUUGCCUUUGUACGACUUCAUGAUUACGCUCAAUACUCGCUGAGGCACUUCAUGUUGAUGGAUAUGGAACAUAUUGCAGCCUAUGGUGUGCCCAUUUCUACCCCUUUAAUAUUUGCUGUUAAGUUAGGGUUUGCUACAGAUUUAACAUGAUACCAAAUUAGUUUAGCUUGCUUUGUCGAUGUUAAGUGGCACAAUUAGCAAAAUACAAUUUGGAGUGUGAUUUUUUU